UGAGCUUCAAGAGCGCCAGAUUUUCAUUUUCAAACAGACGACGACUUCAUUAAGAGUUGUCAAAAAUUACUCCUAUAUCGCGAGACACAGAAUGUCAUAGAUUAACUAGCGAUAAUGUUAAAUACAAUGUCUGAUAUUUUCUGAUAAUUAAUAUGACAGCACGCUCGAUUUUACAAGUUUUUGAUCAAUAUCAAAAGGCGCGAUUGCUCUUUGUGCAAUCUAUAGCGGAUUUAUCGUCAAAACCUAAUAAUAUCGAUUGCUUAGAGGCGGCGGGUGUAAUAGAUCUAUUACGACCUUUACUAAUGGAUACCGUACCAUCUAUUCAACAUAUGGCGGCAUUCGCUUUCGGCAAGUUAGCGAAUCAUAAUUCCAGACUAGCACACGCUAUUGUUAGAAGAGAUAUAUUGUCACAUUUGUUGAAGAACAUAGACAAACAAAAUAAAUUUUACAAGAAAGCGGCACUCUUUGUGUUGCGAGCGAUAGCAAAACAUUCACCAGAGUUGGCAUUAAUAGUAGUAGACCAUGACGGUUUGGAGACUAUAAUUGAGUGUUUGGAAGAUUUCGAUCCAGAAGUGAAAGAAGCAGCUGCUUGGGCACUUGGAUAUAUCGCAAGACACAACAAGAGUUUGGCUCAAACAGCAGUAGAUGCUGGCGCGGCGUCACUUCUUGUACUGUGUUUGCAAGAACCCGAAUUGUAUAUUAAACAAAUCGGCGCUUCGGCCAUUAGCGACAUAAGUAAACAUAGUAUCGAACUUGCACAAGCGGUAGUGGACACAGGUGCAGUCGCCUUCCUCGCGAAAACCUUAGCUAAUCCCGAUGCCAAAGCAAAGCGUCAAGCAUUGUUGGCAUUGAGCAGUAUAGCCAAACAUUCUACGGAAUUAGCGGAGGCUGUGAUCGAGGCAGAAAUUUUUCCUGAUGUUUUAGUGCACAUGGCACAUCCGGAUGAGAAUGUCGGUAGAGUUGCUGCAAUUUUAACCAGAGAAAUUUGCAAACACACGUUGGAACUGGCGCAACUUGCAACAAACAUUGGAGGUAUCGCUGCACUUAUCGAAUUAAUCAACGUAUCCAAAUCGGCAACUAGAUUACCAGCGAUCAUGGCGCUUGGUUACAUCGCUGGUCAUUCUGAUCAGUUGGCUGUAGCUGUAAUAGGAUCCAAAGGUAUUGUACAAUUGACGAUUGUCUUACAAGAAGAAACAGAAGAUCAUAUUCUUGCGGUAACUGUAUGGGCGAUCGGACAAAUUGGCAAGCAUACACCCGAACAUGCAAAAGCAAUUGCAGCUGCGAACAUACUGCCCAAGUUAUUGAAGCUGUAUAGCGAUUCGAAAAGUUCCGAAGAUCUUAGGGCAAAAUGUAACACAACAUUAAAGCAAGUGCUGCAAAAAUGCAUGUACAUCGAAGCUCUUGAACCUCUAUUACAUGACGUGCCUCUUAAUAUCUUGAAAUAUGUGCUGGGACAAUUCAGCAAGAUUUUGCCACACGAUGCGAAAGCAAGAAGAUUAUUUGUAACAUCUGGUGGUUUGAAGAAAGUACAAGAGAUUCAAGCUGAACCUGGCACGGCACUUUCAGAAUAUAUAACAAUUAUCAAUUGCUGUUUUCCAGAAGAAAUUGUCAGAUACUAUUCGCCCGGUUAUCCAGAUAGCCUUUUGGAAGCUGUAGAGCAGUACCAGCCGAAAUGUCUUUUUGUAUUUGAUCAUAAAUCAUCGUCCGAGCAUAUGGAUUCUAGUCUACCUACGUCAUUUUAUAACGAUGAGGGAUGAUUCUAAAUUAUAUUGGUGCCUCUAUCAAUAUUCCGUUUGCAUAACGAAAUGUAUUUGUUAAUAUGCAUCAAAACUAAAAUUUGUCACUUUUCUCAUAUGUAAUUGUA